GUGGAAAUAUGUGUGAUAUUUGUUCAGAUUUUCAACAGCUAUUGGAGUCGUACGAGGCAAGAAUUACCAGUAAUGAUGCCAAACAUUCAAUAAUUUAUAAAAGUGAAAUAGAAACAGCCUUUGGUUACAUACAGGCAUGGCCACAACGGCAAUGUAUGUGUCUAUAUCGGGACACGAAAAAUUUCGAACGUUUCAAUUUACUCAUACAAUCGAUGAUCUGUCUGGCUGUACAUCAUCUGAAACACAUUAAACGUUUAAUUGAGGAUUAUAAGAAAAUAACCGCGCAUGCAGCAGUAGCAACUCAAGCAUCAUCAUCGUCGGCACACAGUCAACAAUCACCCAGCGCAACAUCAAGUUCCGAUGGCCAAUCUAAAGAGGAUGAAAAACACAACACAAGUGCAAGUCAAAAGAAGCAGGAGGAACAGGAAGGAGACCCAAAGGAUUCGAGUAGUGGCAGCACACAGAAGCAAUUAAAUAUCGAAUCAACAGAAUCAAGUGACAAGAAAGUAGAGGGAAAUUCCAAUGAAAAAUCAGACGAUAGCUCAAAUGUGGAUGAAAAGAAGCCUCAGGCCGGAAAAACAUCCAGUGAUUCGGCGGCACAACAGGGUGGAACAGGCGAUAAAACCCACACCACCACUCCACAAUCAUCGUCCUCAUUAUCCCCCUCAUCAUCCGUCGCCGCAUCAACAGUAUCACAGCACACCGAAGAACCUUGGAUAUUACCCGAAGUGGAAAAAUUACUACUUCUCGUAUCGAAAAUCUUCUUGCUCAACUUUCCUUUAUAUAUAGCCUAUAAGCAUAGUACCCAUGCCCGGCUGGAUGAUAUAUCCGCGGAGGAGGCCCAACAUUUGGCCAUAUUUUGUGAUCUACAUGAUAAUGAAAUACCCGUACAUUUGCUACGCAACACAACACUGUUUUGUAACUCAAAUGGGUUUGCAGCAAUGAAGCUAUGCUUCGAUCAACCCGACUUGCCCGUGACCACAGCACAUGCCAUUACCGCCACUGUCUCGAAUAUAAAACUUUGGUUACAUUACGGUUGCAUCGUUCAGCUGUAUGUACCGCUAAGGAGUAAAAUUCUACAAUAUAUGUGCAAGCUGUCCGAUCAAAAUUUACGAACAGCUGCCACCAGGGCAAUGGCUGAUUUUGUGUGGUCAGCUGUUAGAGAUCCCUUGGAUGCUUCGGUUAGUUUUGAUGUUGAAGGUCUGGCAUUGGCCUUUAAAUAUUUCACCUCAACCACAUUGACAAUGAGAUUGGCGGGUAUUACCCAAAUCAAUGCCCACAUAAAUAUAUUUGGUGAAAUCGAAACGGUUGGAGAAUUUGAGGUUGUGGCCCAAAAGAUUGCCAAUUGGUUAACCGAAAAUCAAAUCAUUCAACAUUUAUUUGGCCCCAAUUUGCAUGUGGAAGUGCUAAAACAGGCCCACAUUGUUUUGAAUUUCCUGGCGGUGGAAAAUCAAAUCACCGAGGAGCACAUUAAGCUAAUAUGGCAGGCCACACAACAACUUAAACAUUGUUCAAAGGCAAUUUUCGAUAUCCUGCCAUCGUUGGUAAAGAAUUUGGCACCAAAACCCGCCAUGUAUUUGUAUACGCUUUUGUGUCGCAUGGAUCCCAAAGAACACACUGAACAAAGUAUUUAUAUUGCAUCGGCCUUGACGAAGUUAAUAUGGUCGCGUGAUAGUGCCCAGUUGAGUUUGGAGGAGGAGCUAAUGGCGGCCAAUGCCACUGCCACCAGUUCGGAUAGUGGCAGCAUGGACGGCAGUAAUUCGGAUGAGGGUAAUGGUGAUGACAGCAGUUUGGCUAGUGCUCGAAAAAGUCCCAUUGAUAUUGAGAAUGUAUGCUCAUCGGAUACGGGUGUUACCCCCUGUAAACAGGCCAGACGCAGGCGUCAAAUGCCAAUAAUACCAUUGGGAAAAAUUGGCAAGGAUAUUACCGAGGACGAUAUUAAAGUUAUCAAAUCGAAAACUGAUAUGAAAAUGAAAAAUCAUCGCAUUGUAAAUAUCAUUGAUAAUUCCAGCAGUGAAGAUGACAUGACACAGGGAUCUCUGAACAUAACCUUACAUCGCAAAAAAUCUCGCAAACGAACACGCAAAAACAAUAGCAAUAUGCCACUGACCCGUUUGGCAUAUGAAAUUGUCGAAGCCAUUUGUGAUGGUGGCGAAGAUGAUGCCUCCAGUGAUGAUGGCGAUGAAGGUGAUGAUCCCGAGGCUGAAUUACUUAAUGACAGCGAUGAUUGCAGUGACAAUGGCCAAGUGCCGGGCGCCGUUUUAAGCCAUUUACAUGGUGGCGGCCCCUAUAUACGAGCCAUUGCCGAUUCUCAACUGUGUGAAUUGGUUAGUGGCCCAGAAAAUUCCCAACUUUGUGAAUUGGUUAGUGGACCCGAAAAUGAAGGUAGCUAUUCAUCGCCGAUGAGCAAUAAAUCCGAAAAAAAUCUAGCUGAUUUCGAUGAUGAAGAUGUUUCGCCAUGCGAAGAGGAGAUAGCUCAAUUGGUGAGUUCUCAUGCCCAGAGGGUUUCACAUAAUUGUAUGCCACCAGCAUUGGCUGCGGCAGCCGCGGCAAUGGCUGCCGCUCACACAGCAAUGUCUAUGCAAAAGAAUGAUGCAAAUGUAGCUGCCGCAGCAGCGGCUGUGGCCGUGGCAGCAGUUGCAACGGGUAAUGCGCAGCAAUCAUUGUUGGCGAUGCAACAACAGGCAAAUGCUGCAGCAAUGGCAAAGGCAGUGACGGCUGGUCUCAAUACAAAUGCAGCAGCAGCCAAUAAACACAGUAAUAAUGAUGGGGACAUGGAUAUGUCGAAGGAGUGUAAUAAAAUAGCCUUAUCCUCGUCCAUAUCACCACAACAGCCAACAUUUAAAAUCAAUGAUGUUUGCCAGCCGGGUAAUACUUUACUGUGGGAUUUAUUGCAGGAUGAUAAAAUUGGUCAACUUGGUGAAUCAUUAGCCCUGGAGGCUGAAAAGGCAUUAGCCACUCUGUUGUGUUUCAGCAAUGAUCGUCAUUUGCGUACCAAGUUCAUUGAGGGUUGUCUACAAAAUCUUGCAAAUAAUCGUAGUGUGAUUGUUUCGCUGCGAUUGCUACCCAAGCUAUUUGCAUCAUUUCAACAAUUUCGUCCAUCCGAUACACAUCAGGUGACAAUGUGGGCAGAACGGCAACAUCGUAUGAUGUAUCAUUUCUUCAAUAACAUCAAAUAUUAUGCCAAGCGGCAUAUGGAAUAUUUGGUGGCCAAAGCCACGGGCAACGAGCCAGCAGCAGCCGCCGCUUCAAAUGAAUUGUCAUUGUAUUCGCACAAGACACAGGUGUCGGUGCGACUACAGUUUUUAUCAUCGAUAUUUUCAUCAAUGGGUUCACCAAAGACUUUUCGUUUAAGUCUCGAACAAGUGGAUGCCCUGUGGGAGUGGUUAGCUCAUGAUGCCGAUUGUUCGGAUUGCUAUUUCUCUUGGCUGCAGAGUCAAGCCAAGGGUGGCGAUCAACAUGCCUUGGGUUUGGAUGCCCUGCAGCAUUUAUAUCUAAAGAAAUUACCCGAACUGAGACCCGAAGAUUUUUCCAUGGUCGCCUUGGGAUUGUUUCAACAACUGUGUAGUUUGGCACGAAUGGCAAUAGCCCACUAUGAAAAACAAAUGGAUGCCAUAUCAACAAAUUCCUCAAAUAUUGUGGGUAUGUUUCAUCUCUGGAAGAUUGCCUUGAGGGCCCACACAUCGGAGGUGUCAUUGGCGGCCAUCCAAUACAUAAAUAUGUAUUAUAUGGGUCAACAGCUUAGACUGGAAAAGGAAUUUGUAUCACAGUGCAUGGAACAUUUGACACAGGCUGCCAAUGCAUUGGAAUGCAACAAUGAAGAUGAAAAUGCCUUGAUGUGCGUCCAGCGUGGUCUAAUGCUGCUCAAUACCCAUUUGGAUACAUUUCGUCGUCGUUAUGCUUUCCAUUUAAGACGUUGGGCCAUUGAGGGACAAGGUAUUGGCUCACAUAGUAAUUUAAAAAAUGAAGGUUCCGGUCCAGCCAUACGUAUAAUAUUGCAACCAGCUGGUCUGUCGGAAAAAUCUAUAUUACACAUGCAUGCUUGUGAUUUAAUAGCCGAUCUGAAAGCCGAAAUAUCCAAAUGGUGGGAAAAUCUACAAGGUACUUCGAAUUCGGGAGUAUCUGCACCGGUAUUGGGACUCUUACUAAGUGAAGGACCCUUGCGGAUAAUAACCCAAGGCCAGGAGUUAUCAUCGGAGUAUGAUGAAAGGACAUUGGGUGAUGCUGGUUUUAAAGAUAAUCAGAUUGUGUUCGUAUCCUUGGGAGGUCGUGGUGCACGCCGCAAAGAGACAAAUAUCGAUCACCCCUCAAUGCAACCACCACCGCCCAAAGAAUGUUUACCCACAGUAUUAUUGUUACAGCCAAAAUAUUUCGAGAAACUUUUCUCAUUGAUGCAAACAUUGGGCGAUAUGAAACCACAACCGAAUAAUUUACAGUUACAUACCAAGGCCCAGAUACUAUCACGUCGCGUCUGGGAUAUUUUAGCCAUACUGCCAACAAAUCCAACAAUAUUGGAUGCAUUCAAGGGGUUGGCUAGUGACCUAACGGAAUGUGAUCAAUACGACAGCGGUCAGGAAGCGGAGAAGAAGGAAAACAAACACAAAGAAAUUAAACAGAAACUGUGUGAUUUAUUGGAUCCCAGUAAUUUACAGAAAUUUAUGUAUUCGCUACAUAUCGUGGAGAGUUUGGCACUGCAUAGCGUAUUCCAACAACGUGGUGGUGCGCCGUGUUGUGGCGGGGUAAAUGGUAAUAUUAUAAGCGUCGAAUCAAGUCGAGGUGGUGUCUCAAAAUCAAAGAAGACCAGCAGCUCCAGAAGACGUAACAGUAUUGAAAGUCCUCACAGUAAUACAAAUAACAAAGAUCAAGAUGGCGAUUCACCCAAAGCCAUGAGUAGUGAUGAACGAGAUAAUUCAGAUAUGGCUGCGACGGCGGUACAAAAAGAAGCAGGUGGUGGAGGAAAUUCAUCAAUGAUUUCAUCAAUGAACACCCCUGAAAGUGAACAUCACACAUCGUCGGGUAAUCAUGUAACGACAAGUGAUAAAGAACCUAGUAGUCCGAUAAAACAUAUGUCGAAAAAGGCUAAGAAAACGGAAUGUACUGCCGCCUCCUCCACCGCAUCAUCGUCAUCUGCUGGUGGACUAAUGGAAACUUCCGAUAAUAAAUGGAGUGAAAUAUUUAUACGAAGUGGUGGUCUAAAACAUCUCUAUGAUAUCUUUAUAUCGGGUCAAUUACAACAAAGCUCUUAUCCCAAAGAGCUAUUAAAUGAAUGGCGCCAUGACUGUUUGGCUAGUCUUUUGCGCAUAUUGUGGUUGCUGGGCUUUGAAGAGGAUUACCAUGAGGAUAUGUUGGUCUCCAUAUCGAAACCCAAAGAAUUUAUGCUCGAAAUGAUGUCGGUGGAUUCAUGUUUGCGACGCCUUUCCUCAAUUCUGAAUGAUGAGGCGUAUAGCAAUUAUUUGGCUACCACAUCCAGUUAUCAAUAUCACCAUUUGAGAACCGGAUUCUGGGGCCGGGCACAAGUUGUACAAUUUGCUAUGAAUAUUAUGGUCAGUUUUGUCCACGCCUCCGCUGAGGCGCGAAAAUCGUUAUGGACCCAUGCCGAAUACUGUAACUGGGUUCAAAAAUUCAUACUCGAGGAUCCUGAGCCAGCGGUGAGGCGUGAAAUAUGCGCCGGCCUUUAUCGUAUUUGUUUGGGUAAUUCCCAAAGCUAUCAACUGCUAUUGGCUCCGUUGCUAAGGAAAUUGAUAUCCUUUUUGCCGGUGGCAGAGAAGAUGACUUCCUACAAUCAUCACAAUCCCUAUAUGCUGACCGACGAUGGCAAGGAACCUUAUGGACCGGCAUGUCGUGAUUAUUUUUGGCUAUUGGCCCGUCUGGUGGAUACCCUAUCACCUGAGAUGGUUAAAUCCUCUUUGGAGUCAUCUUCAUUCAACGGAGAUGCCAUUGAUGUUGAAAAAUUAUGCCAGUCCGUGGCCCAGAGUAUUCUGACACGUGAAUUCUAUGAAACACGUUAUGGAAUGCAGGAUGAUGGCCUGGUUGGUCUCAUCAAUCUCAUGUCGAAUUUAGUAAAAUAUGAUCCCACCUUUAAGUUUAGUCCUCAAGCUGUACAAUUCAUAGAGAAAAUAUUUGAAUUUCUUUUCGAUAUGCCAUCGCCGAAUAAUCGUCAGAAACCGAAGUGUAAAUCGGCCACUUCUCGGGCAGCGGCAUAUGAUCUGUUGGUAGAGCUGUGUAAGAAUUGCCCCAAAAACUAUACCUUCCUGCAUCAGAAACUGCUGGCUCAACAUACACCGGGACCAAAACCCCCUUAUCCAUGGGAUUAUUGGCCCCGUGAUGAAGGCCGAUCCGAGUGUGGUUAUGUGGGUCUAACGAAUUUGGGUGCCACCUGUUAUAUGGCUUCAUGUAUACAACAUCUCUACAUGAUGCCUCAGGCUAGAGCAGCUGUGCUGCGUGUACCACCUGGCAAGGCCCAAAAACAUGCCCCCACCCUGCUCGAGUUGCAACGUAUGUUUGCCUAUCUCUUGGAAUCCGAACGCAAAGCCUAUAAUCCACGUUCAUUUUGUCGUGUCUAUCAAAUGGACCAUCAACCGCUGAACACCGGCGAACAAAAAGAUAUGGCAGAAUUCUUUAUUGAUCUUGUCUCGAAACUGGAGGAGAUGACUCCCGAUCUUAAGGAUUUAGUUAAGCGACUAUUUUGUGGUACUUUAAGUAAUAAUGUCGUUUCAUUGGACUGUGAUCAUGUCUCAAGGACAGCUGAAGAGUUUUAUACGGUACGUUGUCAGGUUGCCGAUAUGCGUAAUCUGCAAGAAUCUUUAGAUGAGGUAACGGUCAAAGACACGCUCGAGGGUGAUAAUAUGUACACAUGUUCGCAAUGCGGCAAAAAGGUUAGGGCCGAGAAGAGGGCAUGUUUUAAGAAAUUGCCACAGAUUUUGUGUUUCAACACGAUGCGUUACACCUUCAAUAUGGUGACAAUGUUAAAGGAGAAAGUCAAUACGCAUUUUUCGUUUCCCAUGCGUUUGAAUAUGUCGGACUAUGUGGAAAAAACUCUAAUGCCACAUCAGUAUAAAGAGGAUCGUGAAAAAAGGAAAGCCGAAGGAAACUCCAACGAUUUGGAAGAUGAUUUAGAGGAAUGUUUAGAAUAUGAACUUGUUGGUGUUACCGUUCACACCGGUACAGCUGAUGGUGGUCAUUAUUAUAGCUUCAUUAAGGAACGCAACAAAUCGGCAAUGCAACAUGAUCGUUGGUUCCUUUUCAAUGAUGCUGAAGUGAAGCCGUUUGAUCCAUCACAGAUUGCUGCGGAAUGUUUUGGUGGAGAAAUGACGAGCAAAACAUACGAUUCGGUGACAGAAAAAUAUUUAGAUUUUAGUUUUGAGAAAACUAAUUCAGCCUAUAUGUUAUUCUAUGAGCGAAGAUUGCCGGAUCACUUGAAAGAGAAGCAUGCUCAUCUAUUGGCUUCACCGCCAACUAUAACAAGUCCCACAAAGAAACACGAAAACACAGGCGAUGUAGCCGUUAACGAAGAAAAGGGAAAUAAAACACCAAUUGAUGGAAAACAAAAUGAAGAAGAUUCUUCGAAAAUGGAAGUUUUGCCCGAUACUGGUACUAAGGCUGCAGAUAAAAAUAAAUGUGAUAGUAGUAAUACAACGGAAGAAAAGGAAACGGAGACACCAUCCACAUCAUCAGCAUCCUCAUCGUCAGUUGCAGUAUCAUCGUGCACAUCAAGCUCAUUGCUGCCACCAAACAGUAAAGCAAAUGAUCAUUUUAUAAGACCACAACUGAGCAAAGAAUUAGAAGACUGGAUAUGGCAAGAUAAUAGACAAUUUCUACAAGAUCGCAAUAUAUUCGAACAUACAUAUUUUAAUUUCAUGUGGCAAAUUUGUGGUCACAUACCACAAACAUUGAUAGCCCAGCAGGAUGUCACUUGUAUGGCUGCCAAAUUAUCUGUAUCAUUUUUCAUUGAAACAUUUAUACAUGCCAAAGAAAAGCCAACAAUGGUACCUUGGGUGGAACUGUUGACAAAACAAUUUAAUGCCAGCCAAGAGGCUUGUGAAUGGUUUUUGACGCACAUGUCAAUGGAACCAUGGUGGCCAGUACAAGUAUUAAUUCAAUGUCCCAAUCAAAUGGUCCGACAAAUGUUUCAACGUUUGGUUAUACAUGUUAUUCAAAGACUGCGUGCCUCUCAUUGCCAUUUAUAUUUAAAAACCGAAUCGGAUGUGGAUGACAAAGAGGUUAUUGGAACAGCUUCGUGUGUUACACGUUUCAUCAGUUCAUUGACCAUACUCAUGGAGCAUGGUGCUAAAGCUCAUUUACGUAAUCUAUCGGAGUUUUUCGGUUUGUUGUUUGAAUUCUCGCGCAUGGGUGAUGAGGAAACAUUGUUCCUGCUGCGAAUUGGCGUUAUAAAGAGCGUCGCCGAUUUCUAUUUGGGAAAUAAGACUCAUGAUAAUCUUGAAGUUGGCUCCGAUAAUGACGAUAAUUCAUCGGAUGAAGCUUUAUCGGUGGAUAAAACAAGACCUGCAUCGUUGGAUAAAAUGAUUGCUUUGGUGGCCAGUUUAGUUGAACGAUCAAGGGGACCAGAUUUGCGUUUGAAAUUAUCACCGAAAGACUAUAAUGCCAUUGCUGGUGGAAAGGGUUUCCCAUUUCUAUAUCAACAAAUUAAGGAUAACAUAAAUCCACAUCAGACACGACAUUUAAUACAUGCCCUUUGUCGUUGGGAUGAACGUUUAGCCAAUCAAAUUAUCACAAUGCUAUUUUCAUCGGUUACCAAACAUACCGAACUAUGUGGCCCUUUCUUCAAACUGCUAACAUUGCUAACAGAAACGCAGGGAGGACCUUCAGGACUACCAUGCUUUUCACAAUUGGUUUUGCAACGGGUCUGGGAUGCAGCAGAAUAUUGUCCACAAUCGGCAUUGGAUUGGUUGGCUUUUCAGGCGCCCAAAAAUAAAAUCGCCCAUGCAUGGAUAUUACAAUCGGCCGACACAUGGGUGGAACAAUAUCUCUUGGCCCAUCACAAUUCAAGAGUUCGUAAUGCUGCUGCUUAUUUACUGGUCUCACUGGUACCAUCACAACCAUUUAGGGCUAAUUUCCGUAUACAUUCAUUGCACAAAUUAUCAUCGUCUUCAUCAUCUCAUAUAUAUCGCGAACUUAACAACGAUGCUCAAAUAAUUCUACACAAUAUUAUUAAUUUGCUGUUGCGUCUAUUGCGUCCAGCCAGGGCCUAUGCCGAUAUUGGUGUACAUGGUACAACAAAAUUAACUUCUUACUUUAGCCUUUUGGCAUAUUGUAUGGCAUCGAAGACUGAGAAACUUAUGAUGGGUCCCUACAUGCGUGCCCUGUGGGAUCUAUUUCAUCCACGUUUAUCAGAGCCAAGUGUACCAGCUCAUCAUAACAAACAUGCUCUGUUAGCAUUUUGGCAUCACACCAUUGUCGAUUGUCCCGAAAAUGCCCUGAUUGUUGCCAAUUGUCCAGAAAUCACAAGAAAUAUAGCAUUUAAUUAUAUAUUAGCUGAUCAUGACGAUUCGGAAAUUGUGGCCUAUAAUCGUGCCAUGCUGCCAGCCUAUUAUGGUCUAUUGCGUUUGUGUUGUGAACAAAGUCGUAGUCUAACGCGUCAACUGGCGGCUCAUCAAAAUCUGCAAUGGGCAUUUAAAAAUAUUACACCGCAUCCGACACAGUAUGCCGCCGCUGUCGAUGAGUUGUUUAAAUUGAUGACCCUAUUUGCCACACGUCACAUGGAUGCCAGUGAUCAGGAAAAACAUGAAGUCACUACAUUCCGUCGUACAACAUUGUCAGCUUAUUUGACGGGCCUGGAUGCAAGGGUGUCAUGGGGCACAUUGAUCAAUGCUUUUCGAAUAUUGGUUGACAAUGAAGAAGAUCGUCUCCUGGUCAUAUAUAACGGCGGCUUGGAGAUGUGCUUCGAAGCAUUGCACACAUUACAUUCCAUGCAUCACGAGGCCACGGCUUGUCACGUUUCGGGCGAUCUACAGGAAUUGCUGAGUGAAAUGGUUCUACUCUUGAGUACAUUGCGUUUAAGUACACGUCUCGACAGCAAUGCCAGCAAGAAGCAGCAACAACAGUUGGAACAACAGGUACAACAAUUGCAGGCGCAACAUCAGCAACUUUUGCAAAAACAACAGGAGCAAUUAAAACAGCAGCAGCAGUCUCAACAACAAUCGCAACAGUCGUCGCCACAACAAUCGCAACAGCAGCAAAAAGAAAAACAAUUACAACAACAGAUGCAACAAAUACAGCUACAACAAAUGCAACAACAAUUACAGCAGCAGCAUUUCUUGCGACAACAUCAACAACAUACCGCUCUCUUAAAAGGUCUACCGGACGCCGUUAAACGUUUGGCUACAUUCUUAAAUACCUAUAGCCCACCUGAAUUGUGUUGCCUAGCAUUGGAUGUCCUUAAAGAGUUGGUGCGCAAUCCCAAUUUGGAUGUUACCAGUAUUUUGGCACCGAUUUUACUCAAUUGUCAUAUGUCGGCGGCCAGUGCGCCAAAUGCCAUUGGUCCCUUGGGACCAUAUUUUCCAAGAAGAGGCGGCGGCAAGACAACAUGGCCCACAAUGGCCAAGAAUAUGCCACGACCACCCAGACCAAUGGUACAAAUGUGUAUUCCACAUAGUGAGCUGUUACAUCGUGGUGUCGAUUUUGCAUAUGAUGCCCAAGUGGAGGCAUUCUAUCGACCGUAUCAUGAUUUUUUGGAUGUUAUGAUGCGAAUGGCUGUAAAUACAAAUCAAUUGAAUGACACAUUGGUUAGGUUGAGUUGUUUGGCGGCGAUUGAAGCAGCACCGUUGGGUUUUAAUUAUUUCCCGAAAUUUUGGGUUGGCAUUUAUAAUAAUAAGAGUACGAAUAAAUACGCGGAGCUAUUGCUAAAUACUCAAUACUUAGUGGAAUAUAUCCACAUUAUUUUACGCGAUUGUCGUGUUUCAUUAAGUGAUCAAUAUAUUCGAGGAUUUUUGGAAAUUUAUUAUCCAAAGGUUUCUUCCCAGCUACCCAUUGCCCGUCUCUUGUACUCAAUUAGCUAUUCCAUGCAUUCGAAAGAAGAUCUGGACGAUUUAUGCGGCGAUCUAUUUGCCAUAAGGGUAUUUGCCCAAUGCACGGGUAUACCAGCAUCGGUACGCAAACAGCUAAGAGGAUCUUUAAAGGCUUUAUUAUAUAAAAGCGCCCGUUAUCAAGAAAUGGCUGAAGAUGAAUUAUUCCCAAAUAAAAAGUUGAAAUUAGACAACGACGAUGAUAAAGAUAAUAAAAAGGAAUUGAAUAAGACAACAACAACAAAUGAACAGCAGUCGAGUAAAAAGCAAUCAUGUAAUGACACCACAACGACGCAUGACGAAGACAAACGAAGGCAUACUGAUGAUGAUGCUGAUGCUGAAAAAACUGCCACAAAACCUAAAGAAGAAGUAGAAGAUAGUUUUAAGAUGACGAAAGAGGAAGAAGAAACGUUAAAGAGAUGUUUAAUCGGAGACAACGACAAUGAAGAAGCUAAGAAGAAACCUAAAAUAUCUACAGACGAAACAGAAAAGGAAACCACCAACCCCACUAUCACCACAACGGACACCAGUACUAAUAAAACGGAUAUUAAAGAAAAUGAUAAACAUAAGGAGGCUAUUAAAUCACCUGUUAAGGAAACUAAAGAAUCAACAAAAACUUGUCUCUUGGAGACACCCUCAACAUCAGCGGCCGCGGCGGCUGCUGCAUUAAAUUCCGCUACUUAUGGCAACACAAAGAAAACUGCCGAUGAACGUUUAAUGGAUGAACAUGAGAAACGCAUAAAACUAUUGCUAACCAUGGAGACUUAUAUUAAGAGUAUACUGAUUUUAAUGCAAAAGGAGGAGAGUAAUUCUCCAAAUGCUACUGCGGCGGCGGCGGCUGGGAAUCAAAGUAUGCUCGAUGAGACCAUGGAAAGUGAACAGAAUACAACACCCAUACCGGAAAGCAGUGAUGAAGGUGGCGGUGGCUGUAACAACAACAAUUCCCAAGGCAGUGCCUUUAAUUGUAAUUCCACCACCAACAGCAGUAGUAAUAACAACACAACCAAUUCGCCGGAAAAUCAAAAGGAAUCGAAAACUCAUGGUGAUGAUGAUGAGGAGGAGGACAUGCCCAUGAAGGAUGCUGAUAAUGACAAAAAUAACAAAAAACAAGAGGAAAAGCCUGAACCAACUCAAUCAAAUGAUAAUGAUACACAAAUACAACAGCAACAACAAAGCCUUUAUCAGACCCUGACACACACAAGCAUAACAUUGGAGAACAGCAAAUACUAUAAACCAAAAUUACAGUAA